AUGACCCCAACUGAUUUUUGCUUUGUGGUGAAAUGGGUGGGGCAGAAGAGCUGGUAGCGCGCUUUGGAGGUGUAUGAGUGGCUGAAUUUACGCCAUUGGUAUGCCCCGAAUGCACGAAUGCUUGCAACUAUAUUGGCUGUUCUUGGCAAGGCUAACCAGGAAGCUUUGGCUGUGGAGAUAUACACCAGGGCUGAGCCUGAGAUUGGUAAUACAGUGCAAGUGUUCAAUGCAAUGAUGGGUGUCUAUGCACGGAGUGGUCGGUUUAAGAAGGUGCAAGAGCUGCUUAACUUAAUGCGUGAGAGGGGUUGUGAGCCGGACCUUGUGAGUCUCAACACUUUGAUCAAUGCACGUCUUAGGUCAGGUGCCAUGGUGCCAAAUUUGGCUAUUGAACUUUUGAAUGAGGUGAGGAGGUCUGGUCUGAGGCCGGAUAUAAUCACUUACAAUACUCUUAUAAGUGGCUGUGCGCGUGAAUCUAAUUUAGAGGAGGCGGUGAAGGUCUAUGCUGACAUGGACGCACAUAACUGUCAACCUGAUCUUUGGACUUAUAAUGCCAUGAUUUCGGUAUAUGGCAGAUGUGGGCAGUCAAGCAAAGCCGAGCAGCUCUUUAAGGAAUUGGAAUCAAGAGGGUUUUUCCCAGAUGCAGUGACGUAUAAUUCUUUGUUGUAUGCUUUUGCCAGAGAGCUUAAUAUAGAAAAAGUCAGGAGGUAUAUUUGUGAAGAUAUGGUGAAAAUGGGGUUUGCUAAAGAUGAGAUGACAUACAAUACUAUUAUCCACAUGUAUGGCAAGCAGGGCCAGCAUGAUCAAGCACAGAAGAUUUACCAGGACAUGAAAAUGUUAGGCCGAGUUCCUGACACUAUUACUUACACUGUUUUGAUUGAUUCACUUAGGAAAGAAAAUAAGAUUACAGAGGCCGAAAAGAUGAUGUCAGAAAUGUUGGACAGUGGAGUAAAACCAACUCUUCGGACUUAUAGCGCUUUAAUGUGUGGGUAUGCCAAGGCUGACAAACAGGUGGAGGCUAAAGAGACAUUUGAUUGCAUGAUUAAGUCUGGGAUUAGACCAGAUCAUCUAGCAUACUCAGUUAUGUUGGAUAUCUUUCUGAGGUCCAAUGAAACAAGAAAGGCAAUGACAUUGUACCAGGAAAUGCUGCAUGAUGUUUUCAUGCCAGAUACUGCCCUUUAUGAGGUACUGUUGCGGGUGCUUGGAACUGAAAACAAGUUGGAGACCAUUGAGAAAAUUAUUAGAGACAUGGAAAAGGUCGGUGGUAUGAAUGCACAGAUUAUCUCUUCCAUUCUUGUUAAGGGAGAAUUCUAUGAUCAUGCUGCUAGGAUGUUAAGAUUAGCCAUCAGCAGUGGUUAUGAACUAGACAGGGAAAGUCUUUUUUCUAUUCUCAGUUCCUAUAGUUCUUGUGGCAGACACUCGGAAGCAUGUGAGUUGCUUGCAUUUUUGAAAGAUCAUGCUCCCGGUUCCAACCAACUUAUAAAUGAGGCAAUGGUAGUCAUACAAUGUAAGGCUGGUGAUUUUGAUGCUGCCUUGGAAGAAUAUAGUAUUUCCAAGGGUUACCAGUCUUUUUGCAGAAGUUGUACUAUGUAUGAAACCUUGAUUCAAGGCUGUGAGAAAAAUGAACUCUUUGGUGAAGCAUCACAGGUUUAUUCUGACAUGAGAUUCUAUGGUAUUGAACCAACAGAGCAUCUGUACCAAAUCAUGGUGCUGAUAUAUUGUAAAAUGGGUUUCCCGGAGACAGCCCACUGUUUGAUCGAACAGGCAGCCAUGAAAGGCAUUCGUUUUGACAAUAUCUCCAUGUAUGUUGAUAUAAUUGAAGUCUAUGGGAAAUUGAAGUUGUGGCAGAAAGCUGAAAGUUUGGUGGGAAGUCUUAAACAAAGAUGUAAAACAGUGGAUAGGAAGGUCUGGAAUGCAUUGAUACAAGCUUAUGCCGCAAGUGGUUGCUAUGAGCGGGCUAGAGUGAUCUUUAACACAGUGACAAGGGAUGGUCCUUCCCCCACGGUAGAGUCAGUUAAUGGUCUUUUGCAGGCUUUAAUUAUUGAUGAAAGAUUGGAUGAAAUUUAUGUUCUUAUCCAGGAGUUGCAAGAUAUGGGUUUUAAAAUAAGCAAGAGUUCAAUUCUGUUGAUGCUUGAAGCAUUUCCUCGAGCUGGUAACAUAUUUGAGGUGAAGAAAAUAUAUCAUGGAAUGAAGGCUGCUGGUUAUUUUCCUACGAUGGAUAGUUUCAGAAUUAUGAUCAAGUUAUUGUCCAGGGGGGAACGAGUACGGGAUGUUGAAGCAAUGGUUUCUGAGAUGGAAGAGGCGGGAUUCAAGCCUGAUCUUUCAAUAUGGAAUUGCAUGCUCAAAUUAUAUGCAGGAAUUGAGGAUUAUGUAUACCAGCGUAUUAAAGAAGCUGGACUUCAACCAAAUGAAGAUACUUACAAUACUUUAAUUAUAUUGUACUGCAGAGAUCGUAGACCAGAAGAAGGUUUGUCGUUGAUGCAUGAAAUGAGAAGGCAGGGACUGGAACCGAAGCUGAAUACGUACAAAAGCUUAAUUUCAGCAUUUGGUAAGCAGAAGUUGUUGGGUCAAGCUGAGGAACUGUUUGAAGAGUAAAGGUCUAACGGGUGUAAGUUGGAUCGCUCAUUUUAUCAUAUAAUGAUGAAAAUAUAUAGAAAUUCUAAAAAUCAUGCCAAAGCUGAAACACUGUUGUCUGUGAUGAAGGAUGCUGGAAUAGAACCCAACUUUGCCUCAAUGCACUUGCUUAUGGUUUCUUAUGGCAGCUCGGGACAGCCUCGGGAUGCAUCCUUGGAGGGUUAUCCAGAGUCACCCAAGUCAGUUGUUCUGAUAACAGGGACAUCCGAAUACAACAUGGUUUCGCUUAAUAGUACAUUGAAGGCAUGCCUUUGGGAAAUAGGUUCGCCUUUUCUGCCAUGUAAGACACGAAGUGGCCUACUUGUAGCAAAGGCACACCUCAGAAUGUGGUUAAAGGACUCCCCUUUUUGUUUGGACCUUGAGUUGAAAGACACCCCAGCGCUCCCUGAGUCAAACUCAAUGCAGCUAAUUGAUGGAUGCUUCUUAAGACGUGGUCUAGUUCCUGCAUAUAAAGAAAUAAACGAGAGUUUUGGAUUUGUGAGGCCCAAGAAAUUUGCAAGACUGGCUUUGCUAUCUGAUGAAAAGAGAGAGGUUUUUCAAGCUGAUAUUGAGGGGAGGAAGGAGAAGUUGGAGAAAAUGUGA